UACACUAUCCUAUCGGGUAUCGGCAUUCGGCAAUCUGUGACACUGAUCUGGUGACUGGUCACCGAAUACUAGUGGUGGGAAUGGAAAUGGGAGUUGUGAUGGAGAACUGUCAUCAUCGCAAUAUUUAAUAGCAUUAUCUGAUGUAUAUUGUAUAAUUUAUAGUUAUUGUUAAUAUUAAAUAAUACGAUUUUGAAUUUUUUUAGUUAAUCUAUGAAAGUAUACUCUAAAGUAUUUAUUUAAUCUGUAUAAUGGAAUUUAAUUUAGGAGAUAACCCUGUAACUUCGCAUUCGUGGAACGCCAAUAGAACUCAAAUUGCGGUGAUUCCGAAUAGCAAUGAAGUCAAUAUUUAUAAAUAUGAACAGAGUGUAAGUGACUGGACGAUUUUGGAUAAUCUUGAUCAGCAUGGACUACUCGUAACUGGAAUCGAUUGGGCACCAAACACUAACCGUAUUGUUACAUGUUCUGCUGAUCGUAAUGCCUAUGUAUGGACAAUUGACGACAAGGGAAAAUGGAAACCAACACUGGUACUGUUGAGAAUUAGUAGAGCAGCAACUUGUGUGAAAUGGUCUCCUAAUGAAAAGAAAUUUGCAGUCGGUUCAGGUGCACAGCUGAUAUCUGUAUGUUAUUUUGAAGUCGAAAACGAUUGGUGGGUGUCGAAACACUAUAAAAAACCAAUUCGAUCAACCGUUACUACAUUGGAUUGGCAUCCAAAUAACAUGGUACUAGCCACCGGUACUGCCGAUUUCCGUGUAAGACUGUUUAAUGUACACAUGAAAGAGGUCGAUCAAUGUCAGAAAGUCAAAACUGCAUGGGAUUCUGAAGAUAAUUCUGUUCCCAAUUUAGUCGCGGAAUUCACUAAUUCUUCUAGAGGAGGUACUUAUCUUAAUGGUGGAUGGAUUCAUGGACUGGCGUUUAAUAAGUCUGGCGAUAGACUAUGUUGGGUUGCGCAUGAUUCGUCUAUAACUGUCGCAGAUGUAUCCAAAGGCUCGAUAGUUGUGAAUAAAUUAAAAACAAACGAGUUACCGUUUAUUAGUUGCAUAUGGGUAUCGGAUCGAGCAAUAGUUGCCGCUGGACACGGAUGCUGCCCAAUGCUUUAUUGUGUCGAUUCUAACAAUAAAGUUCAAUUUAUCUCUAAAAUAGACAGUUCUCAAAAAAAAGAAGCCGCUGGACUGAGUGCAAUGAAGAAAUUUCAAAGUUUGGAUCGACAAGCACGAAUCAACAGCGACAAUGAACUAGAUACUAAACAUCAAAAUACAUUAACAUGUCUGCGCAUUCAUUCAGAGUCAAAUAAUUUGGUUACAAAGUUUUCCAGUAGCGGUUUAGAUGGAAAAAUAAUUCUAUGGGAACUCAAUAGCUUAGACAAAUUAUUGCAAGGACUUAAAAUUUAAAACCUAAAAAGCGACGAUUAUGUGUAUAUAGUUCUAAUUGAUAUAAAUAAUUAAACUUAUACUGUUACUAA